UCUCCAGUAGAACUUUGAGCUGUUCAUAUUUUGUUUUUACAAGAACCAGCCUACAUAAAACUGAAGAGGUUAAUCAUGAUGCUUUGUACAGUAAUUCUUUGUGCCCUUUUGCUGUUCGCAUUUGUAUCAGCAGCACCAAACAACUGUACAGGGAACUUAGAUAGCAACAGUGCAGACAGUGUGGAUAUCAUUAAGCUAUAUGGUCAGUGGCACACAUUGGCAAUUGCAACAAACUCAACUUUGAAGAGCAGCUACUUUUGUAAGGUGGACAAUGCGCAAGUCUCCCUGAAGCAAAUGGAAGAGGAAAACAAGGUUGCCCUUUCAGCUCUGGCCAGAAGAAAUGGAACAUGUUUUAAGAAGGAGGCUACUUUCACAGUGUCAAACCGAUCUAAUGAAAUUUUAUUUGAAGGUGCUCCAAAUACAUUGGCUCACCUGAUCACUACUAUCACAGAGAAACACUUUUUUCUUCAUGAAGCAACUAGGCACGGAAAACAGAGUUCUGAAACACUUUACUUUUUUGGAAAAGAUUCUAGCCUGUCAGCUUUAUCCAAGGUGAAUUUCCAAAGACAGCUUCAGUGUAUGAAUAUUAUUAAUGCAACUACAUUCUACCUGCCUCAGAUGGAAGCCCACUGUCCUGAAAGUCUCAUCUUGUUUAUGUAAUGAGCUUAAAAGACAGAACGGAAGCUUAAAUUAAAGGUGAAUGAAUGGGUUAAUGAACAGAAGUGACGGACAAGACAUAAAGAUGUUUCAGGAAUGUAUGUUCUGUGCACAGGAAAUCUAUAGAUAGAUAUAGUAAAAAUGUAUGACAUUUAUCUCUACUGCUGCACCGCAAACCACUUAUACAAGUAAUAAUUCUACUAAUUAAGACUUUAUUAAAGUGGGCAUUAUCCAGAAUAUAGUUAUGAAUUUUACAUAUACUAAUUUUAACUGUUUUAUUUCAGUAUAGAACUACAGAAAAUAAAUAUUAAUUUUACAUAUACCAGUUUUAAACUUUGUUUCAUCACAGUGCUACAGAUAAUGCAGAAAUGCUAUUUUGCUUUUUAUCCUCAAUACUAUAGGCAGUGACAUUAAAGAAAAACCUAAAGGACCUCUUAUGUUUGGAUACUUAAUGAUAUAAUAAAACAAAUAAAGAGAACAUUUAAUGUGCUUUCCAGAAA